AUGAAUAAGAGAGAAUAUUCAGAUACAGAAGAGGUAGGCAAUGAAUCUACUCUAGUAGUGAAGAAACAGCAUUUGAAUCAGAACCUUGCAAUAUAUCCUGAUGCAACAGACCCACAGACCGAUGAUAACCGGAACAAUAUAUUGUUAGCAAAUUUUAUGAGUUUGAUCCCAGGGAAAGAGCAGACUUUGAAGAUACUUGAAAAGUCUGAAACAGUCAUUGGAAGAAGCAGAUCAUGCGAUAUAAUCUUAGAUGAAGUAGACAUUUCAACGAAACAUUGUAAAUUGGUGCUUUUGGAAAUGCCACUUGGCAACGAAAAUAGAAAACUAUUGAAUAUAAUCGAUACAAGUCGAAACGGUACUUAUAUUAAUGGAAAUAAAUUGGUAAAGAAAGAUUAUGUCUUGAAAAAUGGUGAUCGUGUGAUAUUUGGUAAAAAAUGCUCCUUCCUAUUCAAGUACGCUUCUGAGAGUCCUAUAGUGGCAGUUAAUUCUGUUCAUGCUAACAAUGAUGACGUUAAUCUUGAUGUUGAAAAUACAGAUGAUGGUAAAUUCAAGAAACCACAAUUUGGAUUCACUAGUAGUCAACAGCUGAAACGUAAGCCACAACAGAAAUCCAAGGUGCUAAGCGUUUUUGAUAAGUAUAUUGUAGGCAAAGAACUGGGUUCAGGGCAUUAUGCAAUCGUUAAAGAAGGGAUAAAUAAGCAGACAGGAAAGAGUGUUGCCAUAAAGAUAUUUCAUCCUCAAUUGAAUGAUGACCAAAAGAAAAAUCACCAAUUUAGAGAGGAAACGGAUAUUUUAAUGAGAGUUCAGCACAAAAAUAUUGUAAAUUUAUUGGACAGUUUUGUCGAGCCCAUCAGUAAAAUGCAGAUACAAAAAUACUUAGUACUGGACAAGAUAGAUGAUGGCGAAUUAUUUGAUAGAAUUGUACGUAAGACCAAUUUAUCACAACCUGAGACGAAGGCACUGUUUAAACAAAUAUUAUCAGGGUUAAAAUAUUUACAUGGGAAAAAUAUUAUCCACAGAGAUAUAAAGCCAGAAAAUAUCUUAUUAAAUGUUAGAAGAAGACAAUCUCCUGAUGAAAUACAGACAGGUCCAUGGGAUGACGAUGAAAUAGAUAUCCAAGUUAAGAUUGCUGAUUUUGGUUUAGCAAAAUUUACAGGUGAAAUGCAGUUCACAAACACAUUAUGUGGCACUCCCUCUUAUGUUGCUCCAGAGAUUCUAACGAAACAAGGUCAUAGUAGCAAAGUCGAUGUAUGGAGUGCGGGUGUACUAUUAUACGUCUGUUUGUGUGGAUUUCCACCAUUCAGUGAUCAAUUAGGACCACCAAGCUUAAAAGAUCAAAUAUUACAAGGAAAAUUUGCUUUCUAUUCGCCCUAUUGGGAUGAUAUUGACGAUACAGUCUUACAUUUGAUUUCAAAUUUACUGGUAGUUAAUCCAGUCCAGAGGUUUUCAAUUGAACAUUGCAUAAAUCAUCCUUGGUUCAACGAUAUAAGAGAAAAUUCGUUUUCUUCAAGGAUGAAGCGGUUACAGAUAAGUGAUAAACAGAAAUUACCAAAAACAUAUUCUGAAUUAUCUAAAUUGUAA